UCCGAGGGUACUAAGUCAAAAUCCACAUCGGGCUGCAAGGAGAAAGUAGAAUUCACAGACACCAUGUAGAGGAAAGUUCUGAUUAGGCGUCCCGAGCACCUUGCGGCGUCAUGGCCUGUGACUCGUCUUCUCGUUUUGCAAGUUUUGCAUGGAGUUCGCGGUUGGCUUCGACGCAGAUGUGGCUGGUACCAAGUUGCUGCCCAUGCUCUUUACACUACUCUUCUGACGAAUGCUUCUCCCGUUCCGACCGCACAGGGCAAGUCGCACGACAGAAUGCUGCGAGGAGGUCCUUCAGAUGGUGCAGGCGUCAACUUUGUAUCUUGUCUGAUGCAAGUUGGCAAGUUGCCCACUUGAGAUUCUGUGACGGCCUGCUCCAUAAGGGAGGGCUCUCCUACAGGGUCCUCUGUGAGCGACACCCCAGAAAGUGGGAGGAGGAAGUCCCUCGAAUUCCAUUGGGAUCAUUCGGGUUGCGUGUUCUGUCUACCGGUCAGAACACAUUCCAUACACUGCUCGGUCGUUCCUGGCCCCCACAGCUCUGCCGCCACGGCAGUCGCCACAUGGGCCUUCAUUGGAAUCAUCAAUCUUACAGGACACAUUAUUUUCCAGGUCUUUCAAACUUCAGAUUCGAAAUUUAAGUUGACACCCGAAAUGUAUUACAGCAUUGCACGAGGGCGAGCCGAAACUGGGGCGCUGCAGCCUGGCACUCAAUUUUCAACAGUGUAGAGGAUCUCAGCAAGUCCAGCCUCCCCAACUCUUCCAAACUUUGCACACAGCAUUCGAUUCGUUGACUCUCUGAUUCACUGUGGAGAGUUUCAUAGUGGGUCAAGAGUCAGCGAAUCGAAUGUGAAGGUCAGUAGUGGAAGUUGAGGCUGGAUUUCUCCCACAGCUUUGCACAUUCCUCAAAGUUGUAUCAUCCGAUGAUUUCCACCUCAGAAGCAGGUCGCACCUCUAAAGGGGCGAUCGUAGAAGGCAAGCUUGGGAAGCAUGUGAAUGUGUGAUGGCAUGAUGGAGUUGUGUGUCCAGUCGAAGAGUUCACUCGACGUGUGACUACGGUAUGCUGGAUAUAAUAUUCAGCUCAGAGACAUGAUCCCAUGAACAGCUCGUCCCGUGGCCGCGGCUUCGUACUUUGUCCUCGAAGUGAAAGCGGACGGGAAGCUUGUCCGAGCAUCUCUCCAGGCCUCUUCUAUCCCGCUCGAGUCGAGUUCGGCCCCACUCGCUGCCUUCCAGAACCAUCAAAAUAGUUUCGAAGGUACAGGCAGGAAGCAAUAGAAACAUAUUGACGAAUUUAUUAAGUAUUGUGAUUAUGAAGUGGGAGCUCG